GUCUAGGUUUCUGCAUCGCCAGAUACACAGCGAUUUCCUCGUCUGUCUUACUUUGGAACGUCCCCUCCAAAUUUCAAGAUGCAUCUCUUCGCCGUCUCAUUCUUCUCCUUCCUCAUCUCAUCAGCCCUUGCCACACCAGCACCCACCCCGGCGCCAGAGCUCAGCCUUGCGCUCGAGAAACGUGACUGCGCAGCCGACAACUGUCUUCGCGCUAUGCGCAAUCGCAUCAGCACUGCCGUUCCCUUCUGCUCAACAUACACCACUGAUGCCGCAGUCACGAUCCCCACGUGGGCGACCGCACAGUGCGCGAGUAAUCCGACACGUGUCACCAGCGCGUGCGGGUGUCUUGCUGUAAGUUACAUUUUCCGGCAUCUGUUCACGAGAUCUGGGGACCUGGGCUGACCUAAUACGCGCGAUGUAGACCGCUAGCCUGAACAAAGUAUAUGGACCCGUAGACGGCACGAACUACACCAUCUACGAGCAAUCGGUGAAUAUCAGGAGCGAUCCUGGCACAGAACCUGAUGAGUUCUUCAACAAUUGCUUCAACAUGU